AUGUACAUCAAAGGGAUAGAGGAACCCUUGAUCACAAGGCUUUUUGCAACCACAUUAACCGGGGCAGCCCAGGCGUGGUUCUCGUCAUUACCAGCGGGAUCCAUCAAAUCCUUUGAGGAGUUUGGCGGGCGGUUCUUGCUGAACUUCGCCACCAGUAAGAAGCAGCCGAAGUCGGAAUUCGCGCUGGGGAAAAUUAAGCAACAACCAGGGGAGACGCUACAGAAAUACCUAGAUCGGUUCAAGUUGGCCGCGCUUCAGGUACCUGGAUUGCCAGAAAACGUUCACUUACAUCUGGUGAUAGCCGGGUUGCACGGAACAUCCCGAUUAGCUAAGUCAGUAUAUAAGGAUCCACCUCGGACCUUAGUGGAGUUUAACACGCGCUCCAAAAAAUACCUGGAGCUCAAGCAGAUGGAGUGGGAAAAUGUGGACCAAAGGCAACAACCUGGUCAGGGGGACAAGCUCGGGGGCCGACGGAUGAAUGACCUUCGAGGAAAACGGCAGGAUGAUAGGCAACAGGCCAAGGGAAGGUUUGAUAAAUAUGCCCCCUUGAACUCUUCUCGAUCGCAAAUAUGGCGCGAAGUCACGUCCACCGACAUGAAGAGAGUCGAGCGACCUCGGCCUCUACAGAACCAGGCUGGUUUAGAUCGGACCCGGUACUGCGCAUUUCACGAUGGGCCGGGCCAUACAACAGAUGAAUGUUGGGACCUUAGAGAUGCAAUUGAGAAGUACAUUAGAGAGGGGAAUUUGCGGCAGUAUUUGAUCCGUACGCAGGGAUGGAGAAAUAGGAAGAGGAGAGGCGGAAGGCUCGAAAAUCCACCCAAGGAUAAGAAGUUUAGAGAGGAAGGACGAGGUAAGAAGCCGGCUAAAGAAGAUGACGAAUUCCAAUAG